AUGUCGCAGCAACACAGCUCAAUCUCCCCACUAACCACCUUCUUCAUCGCGGCUUUCUUCCUCCUCUCUCUAUUCCCAGGAACUUUUGUCUCCAUCCUCUGGGCGCCCUACAAUUCCCUCGCCGCGUAUUACUUCCCCGCCGCCGCGCCCCGCAGCACCGUUCUCUGCUCGUCGCCAAACAUCUGCACCACCGCACCAACCAUGUCUUGGUUCCAAAAACAAUUCACCCUCCCCUCGCGCAGCCGAGGCUCCUACCUCGUGACCGACACGAUCCUGAAGGAGCUGCCAGAGAUCAAAAACUACAAGACGGGGCUGCUGAACCUCUUCAUCCAACACACGUCGUGCGCGCUGAGCCUGAACGAGAACUACGACGAGGAUGUGCGCGCGGAUAUGAGCACGGCGCUGGACAGGAUUGUGCCCGAGGAUAAGAAGGGACAGGGGCUGUAUCGCCAUGAUGCUGAAGGGAGUGAUGAUAUGCCUGCACACGUCAAGUCUGCGCUUGUGGGUGCGAGCGUUACGAUUCCCAUCACAAACGGCAGGCUGAACACAGGUACAUGGCAGGGCAUCUGGUACUUGGAGUUCAGGGACAUGAAGCACUCGAGGAAGAUUGUUGCGACCAUCCAGGGCGAGACGAAAUAA